AUGUCCACCUCCACCUCCAAUCCCAUCAUUGGGACACACAACGGACACUUCCACGCCGAUGAAGCUCUCGCCGUCUAUCUCCUCCGUCUUCUCCCCGAAUAUGCAUCCGCCUCACUGAUCCGCACCCGUGACCCCGAAACCCUCGCAACCUGCAACAUCGUGGUGGAUGUCGGCGGCGUCCACGACCAUUCCGCUUUACGCUACGACCACCAUCAGCGCGAAUUCUCCGCCACCUUUCCUGGAAAGCGCACCAAGCUCUCCUCUGCGGGUCUUGUAUGGAUGCACUACGGCAAGCGUAUUGUUUCCGUUGUCACGGGAUUGGAGAUUGAGUCUGCGGAGAAUGAACUGCUCUACCAAAAGAUCUACGAGGACUUUGUCGAGGCCUUUGACGCCAAUGAUAAUGGAAUCGCCGUCUUCGAUCCCGCUGCUCUCCGUGCCGCCAAGAUUGUCAAGGGAUUAAAUGACAAGGGUUUCAGCAUUGCCAGCGUUGUUGGCCGCUACAACCAUGGCACUCCGGGCACCCUCAACGCCACCAAAACACCCGAGAUCGAAGACACACGCUUCCUCCACGCCUCCUCUUUCGUCGGCGAACAAUUCUCCCUCGAACUCACCGAUCGCUUUCAAUCCUGGCUUCCCGCCCGCGCCGUUGUCGCUCAAGCCUUCAACUCCCGCUCGGYUCUCGACCCGCAAGGCCGCAUUCUCGUCGUUCCCUGGAAGGAAGAAGGUGUCCCAUGGAUGGACCACCUGUAUGCUCUGGAGAAGGAGGCGGGUGUCGAGGGAAGUGUGCUUUACGCCCUCUUCGCAGAGUCUGGCGAACCAGAUAGUAAGUGGAGAAUCCGUGCUGUCAGUCUCGAGCCCGGUGGGUUUGAAAACCGCAAGGCUUUGCCGGAACAGUGGAGAGGAGUGAGGGAUGAUGAGUUGUCCAAGGUCAGCGGUGUUGACGGGUGUAUCUUUGUGCAUGCCGGAGGUUUCAUUGGAGGAAACAAGACUUUUGAGGGCGCGUUGGAGAUGGCGAAAAAGGCCGUGGCGAUGUGA